GGUGCAAUAAUUCUAUCCAACAAAACCAUGCAUAUAAAUAGUAUUUACUGAAACCCACGUAAACCCUAACGGACUUCUCUCCUCUUCGUCUCUGAUCACCGCGCCAACGCCGACCCCUCUCUGAUUCUCCAAAGAUAUUCUCUAUUCCUUCCCGUCUCUCAAAAGUCGUUAAUCCUCAAAAGUCGUUAAUAUAUCCUCUCCCACUCUACGAAGGAUUCCCGCGUCUUCCAUCAUCUCCCUUCUGCCUGUCAUUUUUUAGAGAUGUCUGAGAAAUUCUCUACGGCAAUUCGAAUAGCAGACGUCAAUGAUUUCAUUGCGCCUUCACAGGCAUGCAUAGUCUCCCUCAAGGAAAAGUCCAAAAAGCCCCAUAAAGUCGAGGUAACCGUUGCUGACAGACAAGUCAAGUCAGAACCUGUUAAAGUUUCGAUCAAGGAUUGUUUGGCUUGCAGUGGAUGUGUGACAUCAGCGGAGACAGUAUUGCUGAAUAAGCAAGGUUUGGAUGAGUUUCUGUCAAAUAUUAAUCAAGGAAAGACAGUGAUUGUGUCUGUUUCUCCACAAUCAAGGGCUUCUAUUGCAGCUCAUUUUCACAUUUCUCCUCUUCAGGUUUUCAAAAAGCUGACAACAUUUUUCAAAUCCUUGGGCGUGAGGGCUGUUUUUGAUACAAGUUGCAGUAGAGACUUGACCCUGGUUGAAUCUUGUGUGGAAUUCAUCGCAAGGUAUAAACAAAAUCGAUUGGUAGAUGAUGAGAGGACUAAGUCAAGCCUGCCAAUGGUUGCAUCAGCAUGUCCAGGUUUGAUCUGCUAUGCUGAAAAGACUCAUGGAUCCGUUCUUCUACCUUACAUUUCAUCGGUGAAGAGUCCCCAACAAACAAUUGGAACUAUCAUAAAGCGCUAUCUAUGCCAAGAUAUGGAACUCAGGCCAGAAGAAGUAUACCAUGUCACCGUGAUGCCUUGUUAUGAUAAAAAGCUGGAAGCUUCUAGGGACGAUUUUAUUUUCCGAUUAGAAUCCCUUUCUGAUGAAGGGCGUGAAGGUGAAGCUAACAUGAUUUCGGAGGUAGAUUCUGUAUUGACGACUGGAGAGAUUUUGGAAUUGAUUCAGUCAAAAGAAGUUGAUUUUAAAAGCUUAGAAGAGGCUCCUUUGGAUAAACUAUUAUCCAAUAUUAACGAAGAAGGACACCUCUAUGGGGUCCGUGGAAGUUCUGGAGGUUACGCAGAAACAAUAUUCCGAUAUGCUGCUAAAACACUUUUUGGAAGACAUAUUGACGGGCCUUUGAACUUUAGAAACAUUAAAAAUUCAGAUUUUCAAGAAGUUACCCUGGAGGUUGAUGGAGAAACAGUAUUGAAAUUUGCUCUCUGUUAUGGUUUCUCGAACUUGCAAAAAGUUAUACCGAAAAUGAAAACAGGGAAAUCUGAUUACCAUUUCCUGGAAAUCAUGGCAUGCCCUUCAGGUUGCUUAAACGGGGGAGGUCAAAUCAAACCGAUUUCAGGUCAAUCUGCUAAAGAACUGAAUCGGUUAUUAGAAUCAGUUUACAUGGAAAAUGUUUUGGAAACGGAACCAUUCGACAAUCCUAUUAUUAAAGGUUUAUAUGACAAGUGGCUCAGGCAGCCUGGUUCUGAGAAAGCUAGGAGAUACAUGCAUACACAAUAUCAUCCUGUUGAGAAAAGCAUCACUUCUGAGUUACAUGAUUGGUGAGGUGUUAAAACAGAAGUAUAAAAAGAGCGGAAAGGGAAUGGUAUGGAUAAAAA